AUGGGCUCCAUCGCCCUCACCGAUAUGUCCAACCCUUCGUGCCUCCUCUACGGCGCCCACGACGCCCGCUACGAAGACCGACCCAUCCCCACCAUCACCUCCCCAACAGACGUAAUAAUUCGCAUCGCCUACACCGGCGUCUGCGGCAGCGAUGUCCACUUCUACCUCCACGGCGGCAUCCACCGCCCCAUCUCCCCAUCCAACCCCAUAACAAUGGGCCACGAAUCCACCGGCAUCGUCCACGCCAUCGGGCCCGGCGUAACCACCCUCUCACCAGGCGACCCGGUAGCUCUCGAACCCGGGUACGCAUGCCACCGCUGCAGCCUCUGCAAAUCCGGACGGUACAAUCUCUGCCGGGAGAUGAAGUUCGCCGCCGUCCCGGGUGUAUGUCACGGCACGCUUACUCGCUUCUUCAAGUUACCGGCUGAUUACUGUUAUCGUAUCCCGGAGGGGACGUUGGGACUGGAUGAAGCGACGCUGUUGGAGCCGUUGGGGGUGGCGGUGCGGUCUGUCAGGGAGGUGGGGGUGAAGCCUGGGAUGAGUGUUGUGGUGUUCGGAGCGGGAUCGGUGGGCGUGUUGUGUAUGGCUGUGGCGAGGGAGUUUGGGGCAAGUAGGGUGGUCGGGGUGGAUUUGAGUGAGAAGAAGUUGGCGUUUGCGGAGAGCGUGGUGGGUAAGGGAGUUUGGGGGGGUGGGUAUGUUCCGUCUGGGGAUGGGGAGGUGGAUGGGAGGAGGCUGGUGGAGGGGUUCUGUGGUGGUGAUGAGGAAGGAAAUGCAGGGUUUGAUGUUGUUAUUGAGGCUACGGGAGCAGAGGCUUGUAUUAAUCUUGGGAUAGAGGUGGUGAAGGUUGGAGGGGCGUUUAUGCAGACGGGGCUGGGUAGGAAGAAUGUGGAUUUUCCUCUUGGGACGGUGGUUGGGAAGGAGGUGAUGGUUAAGGGUUGUUUUCGGUAUGGGCCAGGGGAUUAUAAGCUCGGGAUGCAGAUGGCUGUGGAGGGGAGGAUUCCGCUGAAAGGUUUUAUUACGAAGAUUGUCGGGUUUGAGGAUGCGGUUGAGGCGUGGGAGACUACGGCUAGGGGUGAGGGGAUCAAGACGUUGAUUAGGGGGGUGGAUACGCCGGUGGAGGAGUAG